AUGACCGAAAAAUCCAACAGCGUGAAGAGCUCCCUUGCUAAUAACCACAACCACCAUGCACCCCCUGCCAUCAAGGUCAAUGGCAAAGAUGAGCGCAGGACCAGCAGCAGGCCACAGUCUGCGGCUGAUGAUGACACCUCCUCGGAACUGCAGAGGCUGGCAGAGAUGGACGCCCCACAGCAGGGCAGGGGUGGCUUCCGCAGGAUCGUCUGCCUGGUAGGGGUCAUCAGAGAGUGGGCUAACAAGAAUUUCCAUGAGCAGGAGCCUAGACCUGACUCAUUCCUUGAGCGUUUCCGUGGGCCUGAGCUCCAGACCGUGACCACACAGCAUGGAGACGGCAAAGGAGACAAGGACGGCGAGGGCAAGGCCACCAAGAAGAAAUGUGAAUUAUUUGUCAUGGAUCCGGCUGGGGACUGGUACUACCGCUGGUUGUUUGUCAUUGCCAUACCUGUCCUCUACAACUGGUGCCUGCUGGUGGCCAGAGCCUGCUUCAGUGAUCUACAGAGAGGUUACUACGUGGUGUGGCUGGUGCUGGACUACUUCUCAGAUGUGGUCUACAUCAUGGACCUCUUCAUCCGACUGCGCACAGGUUUCCUGGAGCAAGGGUUGCUUGUCAAAGAUCCCAAGAAGUUGCGGGACAACUACAUUCAUACCCUACAGUUCAAGCUGGAUGUGGCUUCCAUCAUCCCCACAGACUUCAUCUAUUUUGCCAUGGGCAUCCACAGCCCUGAGCUGCGCUUCAACCGCCUGCUACACUUUGCCCGCAUGUUUGAGUUCUUUGACCGUACUGAGACACGCACCAGCUACCCCAACAUCUUCCGCAUCAGCAACCUGGUCCUCUACAUCUUGGUCAUCAUUCACUGGAAUGCCUGCAUCUACUAUGCCAUCUCCAAGUCCAUUGGCUUUGGAGUUGACAGCUGGGUUUACCCCAACAUCACUGACCCUGAGUAUGGCUAUCUGGCUAGGGAAUACAUCUACUGCCUUUACUGGUCCACACUGACCCUCACCACCAUUGGGGAGACACCACCUCCUGUAAAGGAUGAGGAGUACCUAUUUGUCAUCUUUGACUUCCUGAUUGGUGUCCUCAUCUUUGCCACUAUCGUGGGAAAUGUGGGCUCCAUGAUCUCCAACAUGAAUGCCACCCGGGCUGAAUUCCAGGCCAAGAUUGAUGCCAUCAAACACUACAUGCAGUUCUGCAAGGUCAGCAAGGACAUGGAAGCCAAGGUCAUCAGGUGGUUUGACUACCUGUGGACCAAUAAGAAGACUGUGGACGAGCGGGAAGUUCUCAAGAACCUGCCAGCCAAACUCAGGGCUGAGAUAGCCAUCAAUGUUCACCUGUCAACACUCAAGAAGGUGCGCAUCUUCCAGGACUGUGAAGCUGGCUUACUGGUGGAGCUGGUCCUGAAGCUCCGUCCCCAGGUCUUCAGCCCUGGAGAUUACAUUUGCCGCAAAGGGGACAUUGGCAAGGAGAUGUACAUAAUAAAGGAGGGCAAGUUGGCAGUGGUGGCGGAUGAUGGUGUGACUCAGUAUGCCUUGCUUUCGGCUGGGAGCUGCUUUGGUGAGAUCAGUAUCCUUAACAUUAAGGGCAGCAAAAUGGGCAAUCGACGCACAGCCAACAUCCGCAGCCUCGGCUACUCAGAUCUCUUCUGCUUGUCCAAGGAUGAUCUUAUGGAAGCUGUGACUGAGUACCCUGAUGCCAAGAAGGUCUUGGAGGAGAGGGGUCGGGAGAUCCUGAUGAAGGAGGGGCUGCUGGACGAGAAUGAGGUGGCAGCCAGCAUGGAGGUGGAUGUGCAGGAAAAGCUAGAGCAGCUGGAGACCAACAUGGAGACCUUAUAUACCCGCUUUGCCCGCCUGCUGGCUGAGUACACAGGAGCCCAGCAGAAGCUCAAGCAGCGAAUCACAGUUCUGGAGACCAAGAUGAAGCAGAAUGAGGAUGAUUACCUGUCAGAUGGGAUAAACAGCCCUGAGCCAGAUGCUAUUGAGAAGCCAUAAGGGCUGGGGCUCACCUGCCUUCCCAGCCUUGGCUUUGAUUCCAGGAGCUAGAAGAGCUGUUUAAGUCUCUGUCUUUAUCUGCGUUACCCACCUGGUUCCCUGACUUCUCUCUGGAGCCUCUCCAUCACAAGGUUCUUGUCCCAAACACUCAGGACUGCCCGCCUCCAUUCCCAAAUGAAAGUCCAGGAGUUUCAGCCUGCCCAAGUCUGGGGAAGGAAGAGGGGGACAGAUGAACUGCCUACAGGAGGCUCUUUCUGGGACUGGAACUUGGGCAACAAUCUGCUCUAAAGAAGCUCAUCUGCAGAGUGUUGGGCACCUCACUGUAAUUCUCCCCUUUGCCCAGUUGCCCUUGCAACCAGCCACUCCCCACUUGGUUCUGACCCCUGCUUUUCCCUGCACAUGUAUGUAGUUUGAGCCCUGGCUGCAGGCAUUUAGCACAGGUACCCAGAGUCUGUCUCCUAGGGCAGCAAAAAGGAUGUGGUGGAGGGCUGCCUCUACAACUCCUACUCUGUUGAUCAGUCUGCCAGCCAGUUAUGGGGUGUCUGAAGUCCUCUCUGGACUAGGGAGAUGCUCCUAUCUUCUGGUCCAUUCUGGCACAGGGAGUGAGGAGCCAGGCAGCGGGCAAUCGGCCAUCAGGCAACACCACCUAGAGAAGGAGGUGGCCAGGAACUCUGGCUGUCACCCCCUAUGCAGAGCAUUUCUGAAGAGGCCCUGGAAGUUGGUGAUGAGUGGGAGACU